ACGCACGAAGCACGACAUAGUCCCGGCACCGUGUCCCCAGUAGCCAGCCCGCCCAGCCACCCACUCACGCGCCCGCCUCGUCUCGCCUCGGAGCAGACGAACCGCCCAAGAUGGUCUACACAAUCACAGUGCACCUCUACGCGAACGACCACCCGGACUCGAUCGACCGUAUCAAGGCCAAGCUGAUCGAGGCAUCCCGUGUCUACGUCAAUGACCGCGAGACGGUCAACUGGUUCGUCAUGCAGGACGUCCACGACCCCCGCGCCUUCACCAUUGUCGAGCGCUUCGAGCAGGAGAGCAGCCAAAAGUACCAUCUCGAGAACCCGUACUGGAAGACAUUCGACCCAUAUGUGAAGCCUCUCCUGGAGCGUCCCAUGGAUCUUAGGCGGCACGAGGAGCUCGACACCACCAAGGACGUGGUCGUGCCACAGUGAGAUGUCGUUUACGACAAAAGGGAAUUUGGGCGUGACCAAUUCUUUGCCGCCACAAACGCAAUACUUAAGGAAAACGCGAGACCGAACAGUCACAAUGUGAUAUAGUCAUAGUAUUUUUACUGUUUUGGUAUUAAAAUCAAAGUCUAGGGUAUGACGCCCCCAACCACUCCAUGCUGCGCCCCUCCGACGGGACGACUUCACCACCGUUCGACACCGUUCACUAGGUAAUCAUUAUCGAUGUGAUACGGACAUCGCAUAAUCUAAACACAGGAAAAGAAAGGUUUAUGUCCAUCGAGACUAUCUCCUCUGUACUUCUCCGGUUCCGAGCGUCACCAUUGUUGGGUGGUGACUUGCGCGGUAGCAGCGAGAUCGGCCGCUUACUGCGACUUCUCGUGCUGGGUGGAGACGCGCUGCAGAGAGACAACGAAGUCCUCAAGCGAGCGCUGCUUCUGGGAGCCCUUGGGGGACUUGCCGUGCAUCAUGUUGUCGAAGCCGGCGUUGUCCUGGAGGAUGUAGUAGACACCGGCGCAGACGCAGAAGACACCGAAGGAGAAGAUCCAGAUACGGACGACGGCGACAAUGCUGGUCUGGCCGUGCUCGAACCAACCAAAGAUACAGAAGAGGGUGGCGAGGAUGUCGACGAUGAAGAUAGCACCGGACAGCUGCCACGAGGGGAUGGAAGACCAGAAGGGACCGUUGGCACGAGUGAUGAAAAUCAGCCAGUUCUCAGUAAGAGAGACCUGGAGGAAGACAACCUCAUCCAGGUUACCGAAGUUCUGGACGAUACCGCCGUUGGGGCCGUGGGCGUACAUGGUGGUGACGGUAAUCC